CGUUCUCAGAAAUUAGUCUAAUGUGUAAGACAAGUCUGACAGAGACUGCUUAAACUUGGAGUGGCACAGGUCAUAUCACUCCAGCUCAAAAAUCUGUUUGCUAAACUAUUAUAGGUUUAAUGGACCAUACACAAAGAAUAAGCGGCCGCAGAGCGAGAAUGGAAAGACCCUCUUCGAACUAUUUCACACGAGAAGACAUUGAGGAGUUAUCUCAAGCUGACAAUCAGACAGUUACUAGGAUAAUCACUCAAAAUGAGAAUGGAUUUUUGAAUGCCUUCAAGCACGACAAGUUCUUGAAAUCACCAAAAGUUUUGAAACAAUUAUUGACAGUUGUUCACAAGCUAUCCAUGUCCAGUGACACCCAGACUGCUUUACGUGUACUAGUUCAACUAUUCGGCUACAGUAGUGAACAUGCACUUUUUCUUGUGCAGUUGCAACUGCUUAUCAGUGGAAUGACUUUUGAAAUGAGACAAUUGAUCAGAGAAGAAAAUUUUCAAUCGCUGUUUCACCUUACCGAAGUGGGUAAGUUUUGCUUUGAGAAAAUUCCAAAAACUGUACAGAACACAUUUCCGAUUCCCCAUAUCAAAGCAGCAAUUGACAGCCUCAGGAAACAUUGCAAGGACAGCGAUAUUGAACGGGUCACUCUGGAAGAUAUUGAACAGAAUUUACUUGAACUCCAAAUCCAGCAUAUGAGCUUCAAAGAAGAGCAAGUUAGGCCAAAACCCAAACCAAUUCGGCAAAUUGAAGAUGUUAAUCUUGAGCCACCAGAAGAUUUUGCCACACUCUCUAUUUUGCCUGUCCCUAAUGAAAUCAACCAGUUUGCCAUGAGGCCGUAUCUCCGGCCAAAUAUCAUCAAGGGAGAGUAUCGCAGCUGGGAACAUUAUCUCGACGUCCAGUUCAGACUUCUUCGUGAAGACUUCGUUGGUCCUCUUCGAGAAGGAAUUGCGGAUUAUCUUCACAAUCCAACAAAAAAAGGAGGUGAUGUCCGUGUGUAUCGCAAUGUGAGAAUUCAGCAGCCAGUGUGUGUUACCAUGGGAAUCGGUUUUGAAGUUUGCUUUGACAUACAAGCACUCCGUAGAAUUAAUUGGGAGUAUACCAAACGACUUAUCAAUGGAUCUCUCUUGUGCCUUUCAACAGAUGAAUUUCAAACAAUAGCUUUUGCUUCAGUAGCACAACGAGAAGCAGAGCAGCUUGAGAAAGGUAUUGUCACCGUGAAAUUUGAAGGCUCUGUCAAUGGCUUGGAGCUCAACCCUCAAACCGAGUACACAAUGGUCGAGUCUGUAGCUUACUUUGAAGCUUAUCGUCACGUUUUAGAAAAGCUUCAAGCAGUUAGUGAAAAGCAUGAGAUCGAUGUGAUGCCUUUCCGGAGUUACAUAGUCAACUGCUCAUUUGACAACAUCCCGCUUCCACGAUAUCUCAAUCAUUUCAACCACACCAUAUUUGAUUUGCAGGAAAUCAUCGAAAUUAAAAAUAAGCUCGCAAGCUCAAAAGUUGAUCUCACUAACGCAUCUUCUUGGCCUGACGCAAAUGAGACUGACCUUGACCCCUCGCAGUUGAGAGCAGUUCAAGCAGCUCUCACUCAAGAGAUCUCCGUCAUUCAAGGUCCCCCGGGUACCGGCAAAACAUAUGUGGGGAUGAAAAUUGUCAAAGCUUUCUUGGCAAACAGAAAAGUGUGGGAUCCAUUGAAGACCACACCUAUUUUAGUUGUAUGCUAUACGAAUCAUGCACUUGAUCAGUUUCUUGAAGGAAUCAGAAGCAACGAAAUCGAUGGCAAACCUCCGAAUGUGACAAGAAUUGGAGGACGCUGCAAAAGUGAUGUUCUUAGGGAAUGCAUCUUGAAAGAGAAAGUUUGGAGAGCGAAAACAGACAAAGCGAUACCAGAAAGAGAAUUCAAAAAAUUUAAAGGAGCAGAGAGUAAUAUGAAGGAACAGGAAAAUAUCAUAGUAGAAGAUCUGGAAAAAAUUCGUCUGUCAACUCAUAAAAUCUUACAGGUUGACAGCUUGCAGUUUGUUAUUUCAGCAAGUCAUCGUAACCAGCUUAACGUUAAUGACACAAAUACAAUCGAUCUUUGGUUGGCCUUAUCUGAUAUAUAUGAAGACCCAGAUGAUUUGCAGAACAUUCCUGAAAAGCAGGAACAAUUUCCCAAAUUUCUUCAGCAAAAAGGUACCUCUGAAGACAAAGACACAGAGGUCCAGAUGGUUCUAGAUGAUCGAAUAAUUGAAGAGAACGAAGUCGUGUCCAAGGAUCCAAAAGAAGAAGAGUGGCAGCUCGAGAAAGUGGCAAGUAAGAAGAAGCACAAUAGCGACUGGCAUAUGGUUCAAAUGCCCGAAAAGAAAAAAAAGAAGCUGAUAUACAAGCAACUUAAUCAUGGGCUGCAACCGAUGACUGCUGAUGAAGCUGCUAGUAUCUCAAAUUUAUGGAGCUUAGACCGGACACAGCGAUGUAGGUUGUAUCUUUAUUGGAGAGACAGACACAUUACCCAUGCUAGACAGCAGCUGGAAGAUCACUCAACGAAAUACAGAUCUGCUUGUGAAGAGUUUAAAUUGAGAAAACAAGACAUGGAUAUGACAAUUGUCCAAGUUUCAGAUGUAGUUGGUAUGACUACUACAGGAGCAGCCAAACACAAUCACAUUAUUAAGUCAAUUCGACCAAAGAUAUUAGUUAUCGAAGAAGCUGCUGAGAUUUUUGAGCCUCACAUUUUCACUUCUCUGUCUCCAACAGUCCAACAGCUGGUUUUAAUUGGUGACCAUCAACAGCUACGGCCAAAGCCAACUUACUACGAGCUUGAAAAGAAAUACAACUUUAAUGUCUCACUGUUUGAGCGGUUGGCAAUGAACGGUUGUCCUGUACAAACACUAAGUAUUCAGCAUCGAAUGAGACCUGAGAUUGCCAGUUUGAUUACUCCAGCCAUAUAUAAAAAACUAGACAACCAUGAAUCAGUGUACAACUAUGGUCACAUCAAAGGAAUUGGUAAAAACCUCUUCUUCAUCACCCAUACUCAGCCAGAACUAGCCGGAGCAGACGACAAACGAAGUCACUCAAAUCCUCACGAGGCAAAGUACCUAGGAGCUCUCUGUGACUAUCUGCUGAAACAAGGCUACAAGCCAGAUGAAAUCACCAUCUUGACUCUCUACCGAGGGCAAUUGCUUGAGAUUAAGAAUGUUCUUAAACUCAGACAAAUCAAUGGUGUGCGAACAGCUGUUGUUGACGACUUCCAGGGAGAAGAAAACAGAAUCAUUCUGCUCUCCCUUGUGAGGAGCAACAGAGAACAAAGAAUUGGAUUUGUGGGAAUUGAGAACCGUAUUUGCGUUGCUUUGUCGAGAGCCAAAAUGAGCUUGUUCAUUAUUGGAAAUGUACAAAUGCUUCGCGACAAGGUUGAAACUGUAUGGCCUAAAGUAAUAGAAAAUCUCAAAGAAAUGGACUGUAUUGGUGAAGCUCUCCCAUUACAUUGCCACAUUCACCAAGACCAGAAGGUGAACGCCCGAGUGGAUAAAGAUUUUCUUAAAUGCCCGGAGGGUGGAUGCCAGAAAAAAUGUGACGCUCGUUUGCCCUGUGGUCAUGUCUGCCGCCAACUUUGCCACCCCUGUGAUAUAGAGCAUCGUGAGUACAAGUGCUUAGUAAAUUGCCGAAAACAACUACCUUGUGGUCACAUAUGUAAACAAAAGUGUUGUGAGUGCUCAACCAGCUGCCGACCUUGCAAGGAAGAAGUAACAAAAGUUCUACCAGUGUGUGGACACUUAGAGAAGUGCACAUGCUCUGAUAACCCACUAUUCUUACGAUGCUCAAAGAUUUGUGGACAAACAUUAGCAUGCAGUCAUCUGUGCCAAGAAAAAUGCUCUCAGCGUUGCACUUCUAAAUGUACUGUAAAGGUAGACAAGGAGCUAUCUUGUGGGCACACUGUCCAAGAUUCCUGCUAUCUCAAAGAAGAGCUAGUAGAGUGCUCCGUGCCUUGCGGUGCUUUGUUAGAUUGUGAACAUCUAUGUACUGGAACCUGCUACACUUGCAAAAUGGGACGUCUUCACAUUGGCUGUAAGUCCAAAUGCAAUCGUACCCUGACAUGUGGUCACCUCUGUGACUUUCCUUGCACACCAAGCUGCCCUCCAUGCUCCAAGCCAUGUGCCAACUUUUGCACCCACAGCCGUUGCCCUAAGAAGUGCUUUGAACCAUGUACUCCCUGCAUGGAGCCUUGUGACUGGUCCUGUCCUCAUUUUACCUGCACUCAGCCAUGCGGAAUGCCUUGUAAUCGACCUCCUUGCGAUCAGCCAUGUCCAAAGCGCCUGGAGAAAUGCAAACACAGGUGCAUUGGUCUUUGCGGAGAAAUGUGCCCGAAACUAUGCCGUAUCUGUAAUAAAGAAGAGGUCACUGACAUAAUUUUUGGACCCGAGGAUGAGGAAAAUGCUAGAUUCAUUAUUUUGCCCGAUUGCAAUCACAUCAUUGUUGUUGAAAUGCUUGAUAAAUGGAUGUCAACUGACAACAGUGAUCCUACAGGAGAGUCCCAAGAAAUCACUCUCAAAGUAUGCCCAAGGUGCAAGACUCCAUUGAGACACUGUUUCCGGUAUGGUAAUGACAUUAAGAGCAAACUAGCUGAUGUGGAAGCUAUAAAGAAGAAGCAGAUGAGUACAAUUGGCUCCAUUGACCUACCAUCUGAAUUAGCAAAUUUGAAACAUGCUCUCAAAACCACUAGCGCAAUGAAUCGCUUUGUUAUUGUUCCAGAGCUGCGCACAAUCGAAAUGAUGAUCAAAGAAGAUUUUAAUGCGGAAAGAAAAAGCACUUCUCUUUCAGCCCUUUUCCCUCACAUUGUGAAAGCAAAGCUUUCUUUUCUUCAACAAAUUGUUUUGACACAUGAAGUUUUAAAACCAAUGAAAGCAAGAAGGUAUUAUGCUGCAUUAUCCUAUCAACCCAGGAUGGACGAAAUUAGGAGAGAUCUUAACCAACUUAAACAGUUUGUGAUGCAAGAAUUUCUGUCACAGCAACAACUUUUUGAUGCUGAAGCUGAAAUGAGGCGUCUUUUUCUCUUAGCGAAAGCAACUGAGCUUCAAGUAAAAAUAAUUUCUAAGCGUGCUAAAGUUGCGAAAGAGGAUGAUGAUUACAUCACUCAAACUGUUAAAGACCUCGAAGAAAGUAGCUGGAAAUGUAAAAAAGUCACUGAAGAAAAGGAAGUAAGUUUUGUCAAAAGAACAAAUUCUUUUCGUGAAAAGUAUAACCUUGAUGGCCUCUCAGAUAUUGAAAGACUGGAAAUAGUCAAGGCUAUUGGUUUAUCUAAAGUCCAUUGGCGCAAGUGUCUAACUGGUCACUAUUAUGCGAUUGGUGAAUUUUGGGAAACCAUAGAAAUAGGGAAGUGUCCCGAGUGUAAAGCAGUUAUCGGAGGAGCAAGUCACGCCUUAGCAGCUGGCAAUGUACAUGCACCGGAAAUGGACAGCUCAAGAUCCAACGACAGACUAUAAUGAUUUUUUCAUUGCCAAUAGAUAGUUGUGUGACAGCUAUUCUACUUGUACUACAUGAUUGUAUUAGAGUCAUCGUAUACUAUAAGUCUAUUAUAUCUAUAUUAAUUCGCGUUUG